AUGAAGAACGCCGCCGGUAUCCUCGCUUUCCUCCCCCUUGUCGCCGCCCACGGCUUCAUCAAGUCCCCUACUCCCCGUAUGCCCGGUGACGCCUACAAGGCCGCCUGCGGUGACCAGCCUUUCAACCAGCAGAGCUCCGACAUCAACGGCAACGUCCAGGGCAUCAAGCAGGUCGUCGGCGAGGACCUCGAUGCCGCCAACUGCAACCUCUGGCUCUGCAAGGGUUUCCAGUUCGACGACAACAAGGACAAUGUCCAGAGCUUCAAGCUCGGCGAGAAGAUCCCCUUUGAGAUCAACAUUGCCGCUCCCCACACCGGUUACGCCAACGUCUCUGUUGUCAAGACCUCCACUGACACCAUGAUUGGCACUCCUCUCAUCGAGUUCGAGAACUACGCCUCCAACGCUGGCACUGACAAGAACAACACUGCCUUCAGCGUCACUCUCCCCGAGAGCCUCGGCGGUGACUGCACCAAGGCUGGUGACUGUGUUCUCCAGUGGUUCUGGGACGCUCCCGAUAUCGACCAGACCUACGAGUCCUGUGUUGAUUUCACCGUCGGCGCUGGUUCCGGCUCUGCUCCCGCCCCUGCCCCCAGCGCUCCCGCUGCCAGCUCCGGCGCCGAGGCCCCCGCUACUUCUUCCCCCGCCGCCGAGGAGGACGACGAGGACUGCGAUGACGAGGAGGAGGCCCCCGCCACCACUGCCGCCGCUGAGAAGCCCGCUGCCACCACUCUCCAGGCCGUCGCCAUCAGCUCUUCUGCUGACUCUGGCGCUGCCCAGCCCACCUCCGCCCCUGUUGCCGAUGACGAUGAGGACUGCGAGGACGAGGAGGAGCCCGUCGCCAACGACGAUGACGAGGACUGUGAGGAUGAGGAGCCCGUCGCCGAGGACGGUGACGAUGAGGAGUGCCCUGCCGAGGAGGAGGGUGACUACAACGACGAGUACUAA